UUUCCUAAUCCUGUAACACCCACAGUGCAAUAUGCGGAAGAUAGAAAUUGAGCCUGUUCAGUACGUUAGAGGUGAAAUUGAAACUGCCCGGCAUUUCUGGUCGGAAUCGAAGACGUUUGCGGCAGCUUAGUAGGGACGGACAUGGCGUCUACCAGCCCCUGUGUCGUGAUCAGUGAUGAGGAGCAAGGUUAUGACCUGGACCUCUUCUGUAUACCAAAACAUUAUGCAAAUGACUUGGAACGAGUGUAUAUUCCACAUGGACUCAUAAUGGACAGAACCGAACGUCUGGCCAGAGACAUCAUGAAGGACAUGGGUGGGCACCAUAUUGUGGCUUUGUGUGUGCUCAAAGGGGGCUACAAGUUCUUUGCUGACUUACUAGAUUACAUCAAAGCCCUCAAUCGCAACAGUGAUCGUUCCAUUCCUUUGACAGUGGACUUCAUUCGCCUUAAGAGUUACCAAAAUGACCAAUCUACAGGUGAAAUCAGAGUGAUUGGUGGAGAUGAUCUGUCUACUCUCACAGGGAAGAACGUCUUGAUUGUUGAGGACAUAAUUGAUACUGGGAAAACAAUGAAGACCUUGUUAGAACUUCUCAAGCAGUAUAAUCCAAAAAUGGUCAAAGUGGCCAGUUUGCUUGUGAAGAGGACACCAAGAAGUGUCGGCUACAGACCAGACUUUGUUGGAUUUGAGGUUCCUGACAAAUUUGUGGUUGGAUAUGCACUUGACUACAAUGAGUACUUUAGGGAUUUAAAUCACAUCUGUGUCAUCAGUGAAACGGGAAAGGAGAAGUACAAAGCAUGAGAAACCCUGAGCUUCCCCCUCUAGCUGUGUAUCAUUUGUUUUGAAUAGAUGUCUUUUUAUUUUAUAUCCAUUUCGUAUUUUUCAGUAGCGCAGCACACCACACGUAAGCAGGUCCUCCUCUCAGGGUCUCUGGUGGGUUGUAUGCUGUUAAUGCACCUGACAUUUGAAUUUGCUUAUACCUCCACAAGCACCCUGCUAUCAAACACAUAUUAGUAACUACAAACACUCUCAGUCCCUGAGAAUAGUAGUCUUAAGACUGCUGCUCUCAGUUCCUUAAAAUGGGUGUUUAAAACAACCAUUUAAUAAACAUUUGGGUAAGAGACAAAAAUUCCUUUAAAUUAUUAUGAUUUGUGUGUAAAAUUAUGGAUUGAUGUUUAAAGAUUAGAUUUGGAUAAAUCCAAUUAUAUGGAUAAAAUAAUGCAGAUUUUUAGGUUAUCUUGCUUUGCUAUUCAAUAUUUUAAAGAACAUACAAUUUGGGAAUUUGCUCAGAUGGCAAAGGGAAAACAUUAGUAUUUCCCAAAGACUAUUUGCAAUGUACUGUAUCAUGAAAUGUCACUGUAAUAUGCACCCUGUCAUAAUAUCAGUGAUUAAUUUACCUGCAACAGGGCAAUCUUAUUUUCCAACCACAUUUCAAACUUAUUGACACUUUAAAGCCAAAUAUCACAUCCUUAUGUUCUCUUUUUAUUUGUAAUUUUGUUAAUUUUGCAUGCAAAAAUAUUUAUUUGUGUCCAAUUACUAAAGUCCUGGUUUAUAAUUAUAUAAAUGAAUUGAACAAUAUGAUGCCUUGUAUGGUUGUAUGAUCACUUAUGCUACCAUAUAAAUGCUGUAAUGAAGAGAAUGAUCACAAUGAAACAAUAA